UACACGCACGCAUUCCAAUCCGGCUGUUGUCAGACAAACGGACUGAGCAAGCGACAUUUUGGUAUUUUUUCCGUGUAUUGCCAUGCCAGUCAACAGUAUUCGACUCAGAUCCUAAACGAUCGUAAUUAGCUUUGUUAUAAUUAGUUAUAGAUUCACAAACAUGUAUUUUUAGGGUGCUUGGAGGUAACACGGAUCGAUAGCGCAGUGCAGUUUACGUGGGCAAUCGUUUCAGCGAUGGCGAUGCCGGAGCAGUUUUCAUUACGGUGGAAUGACUUCCACUCGAACUUAUCACAGUCGUUCCAUGCGUUGCUGGAAGGAGAAGACUUGGUGGAUGUGACAUUGGCAGCGGGAGGCCAGUAUGUGCACGCUCAUAAACUCAUCUUGUCAGUAUGCAGUCCCUAUUUCAAGGAAUUGUUCAAGAUGAACCCCUGCGAGCACCCGAUCGUGAUCCUCAAAGACGUCGCGCACCAGGAGUUGAAGCAACUCCUGCAGUUCAUGUACCGCGGUGAGGUGCACGUGCGACAGCAGGAGCUGAGCGGGUUCCUGCACACAGCAGAGCUGCUGCAGGUCAAAGGGCUCACUCAGGGGCGGGAGCGCUCCGAAUCCCCGCCGCCAGUAGAAGAGUGUCCCACGAAGGCCGAGCCCACAGAGGCGCCCGAGUGGGUUCCCGGCGGCGACGACACCAUCGCCACCGAGGCGCCGCCCGCGCCCCGCGACGACGCCCGCAGCCCGCUCAAACGGCUUCUGAAGAACACACCGACCAAGAACAGCCUGUCCGGCACCAAGAAAAAACCGCGGCCCGUGAUCGAGAGUCCUGUGCCCGUCACCGAGAACAACGAAUGCGCGUCAGACGGCGAGCCCCUAAUAGAUUUCGACAGUGAUCUAUACCACAGCGUGCUUGCUAUGCCCGAGUCUGCUAAAGAAUCUGGCUGGAACUGUAAAACGACUGGCGUCAAAUGCCCCUCAUGCCACCGGUUCUUCGCCAACCGGUAUAACCUGAAGGUUCACAUUCGAGACAAGCACGACACGCGCGAGGGCACACUGCAGUGCGAGAUAUGCAACAAACGUAUGCGCAAUCCGAGUUGUCUGCGCGUUCAUAUGUACCACCAUCGCAAGCAGGCUGCGUAUCUCGCGCAACUGCAGCCUGAGAACCACGUGCCAAACGUGGACGACAAGGUCUGGCGCGCCGAGGGGCCCUACGGACCCGUAGACUACAAGUUCAAUCCGGACGCGUUCCAAUCCCCGAUGCCUCUGCCGGCCGCCGAAGCGCCAGCCAAACCGGAACCAGACGCGGAAACCGCAUGAUGCCGGUGGGACGAGCUGGCCACGCCCGACCAGCUGUACCGCGCCUUCACGCAGCAGAGCCGGUGGGUGCGCAGCGUGUUCACCAUCAGAGGUUAGGGGGCGAUACCCCUUUUAGGGGGCAAUACCCCUUUUAGGGGGCAAUACCCCUUUUAGGGGGCACAAUACCCCUUUUUAGGGGGCAAUGCCCCUUUUUAGGGGGCGAUACCCCUUCUAGGGGGCAAUGCCGCUUUUAGGGGGAUAUGACCCUCUAGGGGGACACCACGUAAAAAAAAGGUUAACAACCUUUUGUAUCUAUAGACAGCUCACACAAGUUCACACCUCAAGGGUUUAGGGUUAUUCAGAUUCAGAUUUUUAUUGGUUAAAGAAUUUAAAAAAAAUACACGUCAUAUUUCUGCAUGAUUUAAGAUUAAACUUAAAUGCACGGUAGAUAUAAUUAAAUACAAUUUCAAUAUGUUAGUUAUUUGUAAGUACAUGUCAAGUAAAUUAUCCACUACCUAAUACUACAAAUUAUCAGUUAGUAUCUCGAAUUCGUUUAUGUCGUAACAAGCACAUUUAAGUAAAGUCUUUAAUUUAUUUUUGAAAACUGUGUCACUGUCUGCAUUUCGUUAUUUCAUGCUAUAAGGGGAGACGACGAGACUCGCUUGGUUACUCUUUAAGAAAGCUGACGUGUAGGGUUAUAUAACAAAGGGGCUGUGCCCUCCUACUUGAUCAGCUGUACUGACUAUUCACUCGGCAGUGUCGAUGGCUUAGGAGUUCCCUACUAGAGGGGCGACGCCCCCAUAGGAGCGUAACAGAGUUUCGCGUAAUAUUCCCUAUAGCUCAAAUUUUACCCAUAUAAAUAUCUGUUACCAAGCUAACUGCAUGGCAUUUGUAAUGAUUAAGUAUGGUAACGUCACAGUAUAUAAUACAAUUUGACGAUGCCGUCCAGACAGGGCAAUCGUGCGAGGCGUGUACCGCGCGCACCCGAGCUGCAUACAUUCGCCAUUGUUAGUAGCUCGGUACACGUCAAAGUCGUCGGACCACUGUAUACUUUUUACACUGUGGUAACGUCAUCAUUGAUGUCAUAUUUAUAACGACACUAUAUGAACUGUAGGUGGCAGCACCAACCUAUUUGCAUUAAAAGUUUGUCAGUUUCAGAUUUGCGCCACGAGGUGUCCCAAUUAAAUCGUAAACAAUUGUCAUUACCAUAAUUCUUAUCCAUUUAUUAUAUACAACACAUAGUUCAUGAUCAGCAACGCAGGCUUCGUCAAGUGCUUACAACAAUAAAUCAGCUACAGGCUUCGUCACCUACUAACAAAUGAUAUAAUCCGCAACAGGCUUUGUCAAUCUUUUAAACACUAAAUUAAACUAGGCCAAGUCCCCAUUUCGGACCGUAGCCGGUCCAAAAGUCCCCAUGACACUGGCAGCUUUGCGUUGCGUUGUUUGUAUAAAAUUUGAUAUUUGACAAUGCCCGUUAAACCCUUGAUGUGUGAAACUUGAAACAACAUUCCAUAUUUAUAAGAUUAAUAAUUCUCAAAUUAUUCUCUUAGAUACGAGGUGAAAUUAUUAUUUAUACGUUUUUAUACAUUCCAAAAAAAACUGAUUUAACGAAAACAAACAUUCCCUAGCCAUUACAUACUCAGCUUUAUGAAUGAUAACGUAGUACAUCAAAUAUAACGUAGGAUUUAAUUUUAGUCUAUUAUUAUUUAAAAUUAUGUUCGUAUUUUGAUUACCGGUACGUUUUUUUUAAA